AUGGGUGGCCGUACUGUGGAUGCGCUACAAUGCUUCACCUUCAUCACAGACAACGGCCCUUCAUGGGUCACUCGAGUUACUGACCUGGCUGUAUACACAAAGGCGAAGCAUGCUGAAUUUACCGCGGAAUAUGCCAGACUCGCGGCCGCUGGUGAGGCAGUUACCAAGCCUCGACGAAGGAAGAAUAGUUCGGUCCACUCCAUUCGGCCAGAUGACAUGCGCCCGUCGAUAAAUGCUGCAGUUUCCAAGCGGGCACAUCAAAGUCAAGAUCAGGGCGCUGUAGUCGUUGUCGUCGAGGAACCCAACCAGGACUACAUGGACCCCAUCACGCUGCUGAGAAUGUCAAAACACUACCCAAAUGAUUCGAAUCAACGGAAGCGGAAUAUAGCGACCUCGAAAUCUGCGGGCACGGACAGGAUCGUGCGGCCUCGUCAACUUGUCAUUGUCCAUUAUGACUCGGAAACUCAAUUGUCGUUGGAGAAAUUGGUGAGGGAUAUUGGAGGUGCGAGGAAUAAUAUUCGCAAGGGUCGGAUGAGUCAAAUGAUGAAGUCCGGGUUCGGUCUGAAGUUCUUGGAUUCCGCCAGAGCAAAAUCUUCAAUGGGAGGACUAGGAGCAGGAGCCCGUAGUCCACUCGAUCCGCCGUCGAAACUCAACAGGUCACCCAGCAGGGAGACGGCAUUUGAUCUCGUCGAUAAACAGUUGGAAUUGGCCCAAUCUCUAUGCGAAACGGCCGCUCAUCAAUUCCUACGGUGUGGAGAUUGUGCUGUGGAGUUGGAGAAAGCAAAUGAACGACUUUCCACUGUGCUUGACCUGGCGAAGGUGGAGGUGGAACGGUUAGAAAAGGAGGCGGAGAGGGAGAAGGAGGAGGAGGCCGCGAAGGCAGCUGCUGAGGCUCUCCAAGCGGAGGAUGACGACGACGACGACGACGGUGAGGACGAUGAGGAUGGGAGGAUUGCUCCAGGAUCUGGGCUGAUCAUGAAAGCAAACGAGAAGAGGACACCAGACGGUUCAGAAGCGGCCAUCGAGGUCGACGAUGGCUCCUCCGUAUCCUCUAUUUCCAUUGAUAUUACCGCCUUCAGGUCAAGCCGGUUCAGGUCUUAA